AUGCCUUUGAGGACCGGACUUUUUCUUCUAAUGGUGCUGAUUGCAUCUGCAUAUGAACUGGAUCAGAACGAGUCGUAUUCACCCAGAAGAGCCCGCUUUUCAGCAAAUACACCUUCUGACGUUGCACGCUGUCUGAACAGUGCCCUCCAAGUAGGCUGUGGAGCUUUCGCCUGUCUGGAGAACUCCACGUGUGACACAGAUGGCAUGCACGACAUCUGCAAGUCCUUUCUGUACAGUGCAGCUAAAUUUGACACUCAGGGCAAAGCCUUUGUGAAAGAGAGCCUCAAGUGCAUUGCCAAUGGCAUCACCUCAAAGGUGUUCCCCACCAUCCGCCGCUGCUCCACCUUCCAAAGAAUGAUCUCAGAGGUUCAGGAGGAGUGCUACAGCAAGCUGGAUAUCUGCACUAUCGCCCGCAUCAACCCAGAUGCCAUUGGAGAGGUGGCACAGCUCCCAAGCCACUUCCCCAACAGGUUUUACGGUAAGCUCCUCCAGAGCCUGAUGGACUGUGAUGAGGAGACUGUGGAUCUGGUGAGGGCCAGUAUGGUGUCCAGGCUUGGCCCAGAGAUGACCAUUCUCUUCCAGCUGCUGCAGAACAAGCCCUGCCCCUCGGCUGCUGCUGCUAUUGUUGCUGCCGUUCCAACUGGAGUGGAGGGCCGUGGGAGCUUGCAGUGGUCCAUGGGUCCACACAUGUAUAAGAUCCAGCCUGGUCUACGCAACAGAGACUCUGCCAGCCAUUUAGGCAAGAAGCGUGCCACUGGUGACAGCUCCUAA